AUGCCGUCGGCACAUUUUGCAGAUAAGUCUGUCUCGAAGCGCAACUGGUUCCUUUGGGCGCCAGUGAUAGCCUUCGCCAGUACCAUUACGACAGCAUUUGGGUCUUCGUUGUUUGUGCUGUUCGUCGGCCGUUUUGUGCAAGCUAUUGCCAGUAGUAUCAUGUGGGUUGUGGGAUUCACGACAGUGGCGGAUACUGUUCCAAUUCAACAUACGGCCAAAAUCUACGCCGCAAUAUCAAUGGCGGUAUCGCUGGGCACCUCAACCGGGCCCGUGCUAUCUGGUAUAUUAUUCCAACUGGCAGGGUACUGGGUGGCAUGGGCAAGUGCCUUCACAGUUAUUGGAGUUGAUAUAGUUUUUCGUCUUUUGAUGGUGGAGAAGAGCCAUACGAAAGAAGUCGGUACGUACUCUCAAUUCUCUAAACAUGACUCAAUUUCUGACAGGGCCACUUUGAAAGAUGUCUCAGAAGAUUCUGCCGAGAGGGCCUCGAAUUCCGAGUACUCUCCCCUUCUCUCUACCCAGUACGAUGAAUCUGCUGCCACAUAUCCGGUAUCCCAAAAGGUACCAAACUUUUACCGGUGCAUCUUCAGUAAGCUCGGCUUUGCUGGUGCCGUAUGGUGCAGUUUCAUGUUCGGUUUCUUGAUAACCACAUUCAACGCUACCGUUCCCCUACACGUUCGUGAUGAGUUUGACUGGGGUGGUAUGCAAUCCGGUCUUGUAUUUGCUGCCCUACAAGCUCCCCGUCUUGUGAUGUCCCCAUUAGUCGGUUGGUUAAAAGAUCGUGUGGGGACACGCACACCGACUGCUUUUGGAUUCGCCGUAUUAGCUCCAUUGAUCUGGCUUUCGGGUAUUCCAGGCAAUGAACACUUUCCAUUCGCAAAUUAA